AUGGCUGAUGCACCCUUUCCUUACCCUAUAAAUUUAAAGCCAGAUGAGGCAAGCCCAUAUUGGAUGAACAAAGGUGACAAUGCAUGGCAACUCACAGCUGCUACACUGGUUGGUAUGCAAAGUGUGCCAGGGCUUAUCCUCCUUUACGGAGGAGGGGUGAAGAAAAAAUGGGCCGUCAAUUCUGCAUUCAUGGCACUUUAUGCUUUUGCUUGUGUUCUUUUUUGUUGGGUGUGUUGGGGCUAUAGGAUGUCUUUUGGGACAAGGUAUGUUCCAUUUUGGGGGGUUCCAAAUGUUUCAUUAGAGGAACAUUUUCUCCUUAAACAGACGUUUUCUGGGAAGUUGCCCAAUGCUACUAUGGUGUACUUCCAAUUUGUGUUCGCAGCAAUCACUUUGGUUUUGAUUGCUGGAGCUGUGCUUGGACGCAUGAACAUCUAUGCAUGGAUGAUGUUUGUGCCACUGUGGCUAACCUUUUCCUACACAAUUGGUGCAUCCAGCAUUUGGAGUCCUAAUGGUUUCCUCUUCAAGAAAGGCCUAAUAGAUUACUCUGGUGGGUAUGUGAUUCAUCUGUCUGCAGGAGUUGCUGGUUACACAGCUGCAUUUUGGGUUGGUCCUCGUCUAGCCAAGGACAGGGAAAGAUUUCCUCCAAAUAAUAUCCUUCUCAUGUUAAUGGGAGCAGGGCUUCUCUGGAUGGGUUGGACAGGGUUUAAUGGAGGAGACCCCUAUGUCGUAAACGUUGAUGCUUCUUUGGCUGUUUUAAACACACAUAUAUGUACUGCAACCAGCUUGGUUGUUUGGGUCAUGCUAGAUCUUGUAUUUUUCGGCAAAUCUUCUGUCAUUGGUGCAGUUCAAGGCAUGAUCACUGGUUUAGUUUGCAUCACCCCAGCAGCUGGCGUUGUCCAAGGAUGGGCAGCAAUUAUAAUGGGGAUGUGCUCAGGCUCAAUUCCAUGGUUCACCAUGAUGGUUGUGCAUAAGAGAUCCGAGCUUCUCCAAAAAGUUGAUGACACAAUGGCAGUUCUACACACUCAUGCCAUUGCUGGUGCCCUUGGGGGAAUCCUUUCUGGUCUCUUUGCAGAACCAAGACUCAACAAUUUGUUCUAUGCUUCAUACGGUGAAUAUGUUGGCCUGUUCUAUGGCUUUGAUAUGGGAAAAACCAGUACUGGAUUCCGGCAAAUAGGAAUUCAACUUCUUGGGGUUGUCUUUAUCGUCAUUCUCAACAUAAUUACUACAAGCUUAAUAUGUAUUUUAAUUAAAUUAUUUGUACCUCUGAGAAUGUCUGAAGAAGAUAUGGAAAUUGGUGAUGAAGCUGUUCACGGGGAGGAAGCUUAUGCUAUUUGGGGCGAAGGUGAUAAACUUUGAGGGGAAGGUAGCUUACGGUAUGAUUAUGAACAAGAAUAAAGCUGUUUUUUAAACUUGAGAAGACUAAAAACAACUGCGUAGACAAAAUAUGUUCAUUUU